GGCACCAUCUGGAUGCGGGUAGGGAUCAACACAGACCAGGUUUAAUAUCCGGGAAAUUUCAACGAGGAGAGUUCCAGGGUACAUCCGAGUUCGAAGCUCUAAUCCUCUCCGGAAGAAAUUGAAUUGAAACGAAAUUGAGUAAAGUUGUAUAAUAGUUUGCGGGUUCGUCAUGGAUGCCAGCAUCUCCUUGCCUCAAAUUCCUCCCGCGUCCUUUCAUUUUCCUCUCCUCGAGCAGCAAGUCAGUCUUUCAAUUGCGCUCUUGUCGUGUCAGAGAACGUCGUCAAUAUGAAAACAAGUCAAUUAGUGUCGCUGUGCCUGGUGGCACUUACCAGCUGGAGUGUCGCCCAUCCACAGGGUAAAGGUAACGGCCAUGGGGAACAUGGAGAUGAUGGAGGCCACGGAGGCCACGGAGGCGACGGAGGCCAUGGAGAUGGAGAACGAUAUCCACUCGUUGGGUUUGGGAAGGACAAUCCUCUUGGCGAGACCACAGGAGGAGCAGGGGGACCAACGGUCACCGUCUCCACGGAAGAAGCAUUGAGAUCUGCGGUGGCGGGUGACGACAAGAAGGUCGUUUUGGUGAAGGGACAUUACAACCUCACCGAGCGCCUCAAGGUCGGAUCAAACAAGUCCAUUCUUGGCCAUGGGCGUGGAGCCUCGAUCGUCAAUGCCGGUAUUACUGUGAACGGCCAAACCAAUGUCAUUAUCCGGAACUUGAAAGUUGGGCACGUUCCAGAUAAUGACGAUGUCACUAUCCAGAAUACCACCCGAGUCUGGGUCGACCACUGCGAGUUUGAAUCCAGGAUCUCACCCGAAAUUGGACCUGAUUUCUACGACGGCCAACUCGACAUCGUCCGCGCCUCCGACUGGAUCACCGUAAGCUGGACCUACUUCCACGACCACUGGAAGUCCUCUUUGAUCGGCAACGCGGAUAAUCUCCGCGACGUCGACUUCGGCCACCUUCACAUCACGUACCACCACAACUACUGGAGGAAUUCCGGCACCCGCGGCCCCGCGGGCCGGUUCGGGCACCAGCACGUGUACAACAAUCUGUACGAGGACUUCCUGUACCAGGCGAUCCACUCGCGGUCGGACAAUCAGGUGCUGGUGGAGGGGAACGUGUUCACGGGGAAGACGAAGGAGGCGUUGAGCACGUAUGGACUGGUGAUUCCGGCCGACAGCCCGAACACCAGCCCCGACGGUGAUCCGGAGAUUGAUGGGUUUGCGAAUCUGGGCGCAGAGAACGACUUCGGUACCGCGACGACUAACAUUACGCAAACGGGAAAUUUCACCAAAGCUCCGUACGAGUAUAAACUGACGGAAUUGAAAGCUGUGGCGUGGACAGUGAAGGCUGGCGUUGGUCUCGGGAAGAUAUAAGUGUGAGAGAUAAUAGUUGAGCGCUGUAUACGGAACGAGACGAGGACGCAAAUAUUCCUUUCUUAAUGCUUCCAAAAGCUAUCACUGUGUAUAUGAGCUUUGCCAACCAAAUAUGACGCGUUGAUCAUAGUCCCAAACUCAGCCUCUGCUUGGUCUUUUCGCUUUGAACAUUGUAGUUAUAUGUCACGAAUCCCCUUGUAACCUUCUCAUCCUUUCCUCCGCAGCCCUCGCCCUCCUCUCCCGCUCCACCCUCAUCCUCAUCUGCGCAUCCAUUCCCCUCAUCUCCUCCUCCCUCCUCUCCUGCCCAGACUGAUUCCUCC